CGGAACCACGUGACCAACUCUAGGCCAUUUAAACAAGGUGCCGUAAAGUGGGUACGAGGGGAGAAACGCGAUAGUUUGACAGAGAUGUAACACAUUAAUGGAUCCUUCUAGUUGAGAGAGCUCUACGUCAUAUGCUCCUGCUUUCCUGGAUGUGAUUCAGCACCGUACCACGCUCUGAAUCAUAUUUACAGCCGUGUACCGGAUGUGACGUGUUGUCCGAUCCUUGUUUAAUGGUGUGCUCUUGACUCAUGACCAGGAAGUCAGGCUAGCUGCUACUCUCCGGAUGAAAAGCAAAGAAAAGAACCGCAAAACGCACCAUUAAUGGUUCCGAUUAUAUCAUAAACGACGUCAUUGGAUGCAGGACGCUCUCACGUCACAGAUUGACGUCAUCGUAACGCGCCUCGUGAGCCGUUGAGACCGCUAGCUUGCUUGUUAUUUAGCCAUCUGGCAGAUCGUCGCUCGCUAACGUUAGUUAGCAGCUGGUGAGCGCGAUGGUUCCGAUGGUUCCGGUUCGGACUGUCGUGGCUGCGUGUUUCCUGCUGCUGCUGGCUGAGUGCAGAGCGAGGAUCCACAAGCUCACCCUGAAGAAUGAAACUCGCUUUGUCGUCGACCUCAACAACUUUGGUUUCUACGCCAACGGGACUCUGGACGUCAACGUGCUGUCUCUGCGCCUCCCGGAGCGUCUGGUGAACUACAGCGCUUACCCCGUGGGCUUCACCCUCUCUCGCUCCCGUGUGAACGGAGUCUUGUCCUACACGGCGGAGGAGACGGAGACAUGCCCGCUCACACUCACCAAGUUCACCAACAACGAGCCUCUCAUUCUGUUUCUCAUCGACGUCAACACGCUCAGUGUCAGUGUGCGAGCGAUGGGCGACCAAGACAACCUCCUGAUAGCGAAGCCAAAGGCUGAAGCACCUAAAGGUCUGAGGAAGACCAGGGAUGUUCCUGCUACUGUGACAGCAGACCCACCACGUAAACCAUCAACAACUGGGGGAAACGGUGCUCAGGGACCAGACCAGCAGUUGACUCAGAAGGACGAGGAUGCUGCAUCUGCGAGUCCAGAACACAAGUCAGAGCCGGCAGUCCAAGCUACCAAAGUGGAGGAGAAUGAAUUCCAGCUGGAGAAGCUCAAACAAGUGACUUUAGCUUUGGACAAAGUGAACGGCUCCUACAACUUCAGCUUCCACAUGGUGGUCGGCCUGCUGGCGGAGGGCCUGUACAGCCUCAAGUUCCACUACUGUCAGAACAGGGUUCCUGGAAUCAAAAUCCCCUACUCGUUGGCCGUGGAGGUGACGGAGAAGAACCCGGGCGGCUACCUGUCGGCUGCAGAAAUACCUCUGUCUCGUCUUUACAUUGGGAUGGCCGGAGUCUUCUUCACUGCUGCCUUGGUCUGGGUGUACACGCUGAUGAAGCACCGGUACAGUGUGUUUAAGAUCCACUGGCUGAUGGCAGCACUGGCCUUCACCAAGGCCACCUCGCUGGUCUUCCAUAGUAUCAACUACCACUUCAUCAACACUGAAGGGCAUCCUAUUGAAGGCUGGGCCGUCAUGUAUUACAUCACUCACCUGCUCAAGGGGGCGCUCCUCUUCAUCACGCUGGCUCUCAUCGGCACCGGCUGGGCCUUCGUUAAAUACAUCCUGUCUGACAAGGAGAAGAAGAUCUUCAUGAUCGUCAUCCCUCUGCAGGUCCUGGCUAACGUGGCCUUCAUCAUCAUCGAGUCUACGGAGGAAGGAUCCAGUGAAUACUAUCUGUGGAAGGAGAUCCUCUUUCUGGUCGACCUCAUCUGCUGCGGAGCCAUCCUUUUCCCCGUUGUCUGGUCCAUCCGUCAUCUGCAGGAAGCUUCCAGCACCGACGGCAAAGCUGCCAUGAAUCUGGAGAAGCUCAAGCUCUUCCGCCAUUAUUACGUGAUGAUUGUGUGUUAUAUCUACUUCACAAGGAUCAUCGCCAUUCUGCUCAAGGUCACCAUGCCUUUCCAGUGGCAGUGGUGCUACGAGUUCCUGGUGGAGGUCUCCACCCUGAUCUUCUUCGUGUUGACGGGCUACAAGUUCCGCCCGGCGUCCAACAACCCGUACCUUCAACUGCCCCUAGACGAGGAGGACGUGGAGAUGGACGAGGUGGUGACUGAAUCAGGAGUUCUGGAGGGGAUUUCCAAAGUGAAGAAAACGUGUAACGGCCGUGAGCGGCAGAAAGAGUCCACCUUGUGAGCGGGAAGCUGCUUCUCUUUCUGGGGGGGAGGACCCUCUCAACGACCCCAGGUCAGCUGGUACGAAGGGGGGCACUCGGACCAAGACUCCCCCCCGAGCGGCUCUCCUUUUGAAACACUUGGAGUGGUUGCAGUGGGCGUGUCCACUGUCUGGCUAUGCAACAAACAGACUCCGCCCACAAAGACGAUCUUUCGGGUGUUUAUCGGCUAUUUAAAACUUGCGCCUCUUCCUUCUGCUUUCUGUGUAACGUGAGUUCACGUGUUCUUUCUUCUUCUUCCCGUUCUCAGGAAAAAGGCUAAUCAAUAUCUGUAUAUUUCAAAUUUAGGCACCGACGUGUGCUGUUCACUGUUCUAGUCCUGAGGUUGCCACGUUGUGAAGGUCUCGGGUUCCGUAUUGGACUAAAGAGGACUCUGGAUUUUAAUUCAAGACCACGAGGAAACCUCAGAAACUGUCUGAUUUAGUUAACAUCUUGGAGAGGUUAAGCCCCGCCCCUUCCUGUGUCCCCAUGGCACCUUAUUUUGGAAAACAAAUAUUCACACAACGUUUAAAAGAUGAUGGUUCAAAUCAAAGAUUCUCUGUUGGCCGUUAGCAUAGCGAGAUAGCUAGUGAGCUAACUUGGCUAUGUGCUAAUGUUAUCGCGGUCAAAUGAAUGAUCUUUGUAGUGUGUGUGUGUGUGGUUCAUGGCACAGGAAGGGGCGGGGCUUAGCUCCUCUGAUACUACUCUAAAGCUUCAACUGACACCAAUAACCUGACUCGCGUCUGAACUCACACUCCAACGAAGUGAACGUGGGACUACUGGACCUCGUACUGGUCUCGUCUCUGUUCCGGUGGUCUCUUCCCCCCCCCCCUCUUGUUGGAUCGUAUAUUGACAAACAUGGAAGCGGUUGUAUGUUUCAAUAUGUUCACUUCUUGCGUAUUGAAGAGAUCUGUUUCAGUUUCACCUCCGCUGCUGUAAUGUAGUGCUUUAGUGGUUGUGGUCCGGCCCCGAUGGUGACGCGUGGACCCCCCACCCCCCCUCGCUGGAUCCGUCUCCCGGACCCACUUGAUCGUUUCUGGAUUUCUCUUCGGCUUUUGGUUUUUACCUUCGUGCUCUUUGAUGUGAAGCUUAUUUUAUGACUUAUGGAUGACUUGUUGGUGAGCGAUCAGAAAAGCCAUUUUGUAAAUACUUCACAGACUAACGUUUCCUCGUGACGACGAGGUCGGGACCCUUUUGGGGGGGGGGGGGUCUUCCUGUUUGAUGUCUGUGAUUCGUCACAAUAAAGCUGCUGUUCUGAACAAGCUUGUGUUUGAGUCUGAAAAACUGUUUUUAAUGAUUUUAAAUGUUGCAUUUCGUUCUGGAUCAUAUUUCGUCUUUUGGUCUCGUGAUGUUCUUUCUCGACUUAUUUUAGCCGAAAGACUAAAUAUGAAACGAAAAGUAAAUGUUUGGAACCUACAAGCAGCACAAUCAAACUCAUGCAGUGUACAAAUAUUAUACAUGGAUGACAUUUAAUAAAAGACUACUUCACUUUCCA